GGCCGCUCCCGGCAGCCCCCGCGCACAAGAUGGCGGCGCGGGGCGGCGGGCGGUGAGCGGGGGCGCGGCCCCGGGCAGACAUGACCUACACGGCCGAGCAGCUGGACGGGGUGCGGCGGAUCAAGCGGUGCCGGGACUACUACGAGAUCCUGGGCGUGGGCCGGGACGCCGGCGAGGAGGAGCUGAAGCGCGCGUACCGCCGGCUCGCCCUCAAGUUCCACCCCGACAAGAACCGCGCGCCCGGGGCCACCGAGGCCUUCAAAGCAAUAGGCAAUGCUUUUGCAGUUCUGAGCAACCCUGAGAAGCGACUGCGAUAUGAUGAACUGGGAAGUGACCAAGAGCACGUCAGCACUGGCCAGGCCAGGCACUACAAUUACUACACAGAGUUUGAAGCAGACAUUACACCAGAAGAAAUAUUCAAUGUGUUUUUUGGUGGGCAUUUUCCUACAGGAAAUAUCCACAUGUUCUCAAAUGUAGCCAGAGAUGCACAUUAUUACCCACGGAGGCACCGGACUGAAAGGGCAUGGACACAGGAGCAGGAGGAGGAAGACAACAGGCCACAGAAUUCCUAUUCUGCAUUUAUCCAGUUGAUGCCAGUUUUCAUCAUCAUAGUAGUGUCAGUGAUAACCCAGCUGAUGGCCACCAACCCUCCCUACAGCUUAUUCUACAAGUCGUCCAUCGGCCACGUCAUUAUCAGAGAAACAGAGAACUUGCAGGUGCCUUACUAUGUCGAUAGGAACUUUGAGAAGAAUUAUCAAGGAGCAGAACUCCAAGAGCUCGAGAAGACUGUUGAGAAGGAUUACAUAGACUAUAUUCAGACCAGCUGCUGGAAGGAGAAACAGCAAAAGUCUGACUUGUCCAAUUUGGCCAAGCUCUACAGAGAUGAGAGGUUAAAACAGAAAGCAGAAUCCCUGAAACUUGAGCACUGUGAGAAGCUCUCCAGUCUGAUUGGGAUGCACAAAGGGGGCUGAGCAGGAUGCAACACGUUCCAUAGUUUUAUUUAUUGCUGUUUUAAGUUAUGUUUUUAUUUUCCUUUGUAUAAAAAGGGAAGGAGUCUAUUGUAAGGAGUGGAUAUUGGAGUCCUUCUGCAUGUACUGCAGAGAGGGGCCAGCACGAGCUGCAGAGCUGCUGUUUGCUGUAAUAUAUCCUGUACAUUAGAUUCGGUUCCAAGGACCAGUGGCACUUUGUACAUUCAUUCCAGGGAGAUUCUCUUAGUUUGGAACCCCUCUGAAUCCAAACAGUGUGUGCUUCCCAGGAGAGCAAGCACAUGCCUUGGCUUUCCAUGUUUUCUGUGGAGCUGCAGUGCAGUGGAUCCCAUGGGCAGCGCUGUGCUCAGUGCUGGGUGUCAGCUCCCCUUCCCAUUCAGCACCGAGGCUGCCCCUGCCUCCACGGCGCUGUGAAGGAAUGUUGGGGUGGUUCCAGUGUCCUGUGCAGUGCUGAGGGCAGGAGGGACAGGUACCUGCCCCAGGUGAGCACCUGAGCACACUCCCAGCUCUCCCUCUGUCCAAGGGACUGUACCCUGUGCUGCUCCAAGGGAGGGCCGUGUCCAUCCUGCUCCGUGUGACACCAACACGACCAAGAAGAUGGGAGUGUGAACUGCACCAAUUCCAGUGGCUGCAAAACUGUAAGGAAAGGACAACCAUGUUGAUUUUCUCAUCUGUUUUCAGUGGCAUAUUUUGAAGCUGGCUGUUACAUUCUGACUUGGAUCUGCACACUCUUCUCCAGCUGCUCCAGGGGCCCUGCUUUUCCCGGUACAGUUCUCAUGUAGCACAUUUUUACUCUGCUGAGCAGUUAUGAAUGUUUCACUGUAGCCAUCAGUAUUGCAAAGAAAAAGACCCAUGUGGUAGUGUC